UUGAAUCCAAAAUUCAAUAGUGAUAUAUUCAAAAAUUCAAUGGUUAUUUUCAAUGCUACAUUAGGGAGUGUAAUAGUGAGGGUAUGCAUAACAUUUCUCUUUUGUGUUUGGUUUAAAAAAAAGAAACUUCUAUAAGUCUUUUGUACCCUUUAAUAAGAAAAGGGGUAUGGUGUUGGAAGGAAGUUAAUGGAGACAAAAGGAGAAGAGCUGGAGGCAACAAAGAAGGAAUGCUUGGAAAUGUUUAAGACAUUGGAGAGAGAGCUUGGUGAGAAGCCUUACAUUUGGGGGUGAAACAUUUGGGUUUGUCGACAUUGCUCUCAUCACUUUCUACAGCUUCUAUGUGCUUGAGACAUUUGGGGAAUUCAGCAUAGAGGCAGAGUGCCCCGAGAUCAUUUCAUGGGAUAAGAGGUGCAUGAAGAGGUAGAGUGUCGCCAAGACUCUUCCCCACCAAAAGAAGACUUACGAGUUUUCCUUAGAGAGGAUUGGACAAGAGUAAUGCUACUCUGCUCAGAAUUACAGAGUACAGAAAUGUGCCUGCAUUAACUAUUAAUGAGGAAUGAUAUAUAUAUAUGAUCUUUCUUUUCUCUAGUUUAACUGCAAAACAAUUAGUCAAACGAGGAUUGUCUCUGCUAUAUUUAGAAUGCAACACUAACUUUAAUAUGAUUAUGGGCCAUUUAUUUUAAAUAAAUGACCCAAAACACCACGACACAUAAGAAAAGGGUGACUUAACCACUUUCUAUGGCUAAAUGGGUGAUGGUCAAUUACCUUCAGCUAGAAAUGGCUAGUUUGAUGCGGAUGCUCUUCACGUUUUGUAGAAAGAUGGUCAAAGACUCAAAAUAUCAAAAGCCAUCCCUAGGAAAGAAAAUGCAUAGAAAACGACACAAUUGUCCCCAAACCCACCUUCAUUGCAAAACUUUCCUGCCUUCGAUAUAUACUGAGCUACGUAGAAGUUCGAGGACUGUCCCACAUCUUUUUGGCCGCUCCAUCCCACUUUUCUUUUCUUCCCAAGUUGCUUCAAUAUUUUUGAGACAAUGGCGGACGAGGUGGUUCUGCUGGAUUUCUGGGCCAGCGUGUUUGGGAUGAGGGUCAGGAUCGCUCUGGCUGAGAAGGGGAUCGAAUACGAGUACAAGGAAGACGACUUGAGGAACAAGAGCGAGCUGCUUCUCAAGAUGAACCCGGUUCACAAGAAGAUCCCGGUUCUCAUCCACAACGGUAAACCGGUCUAUGAGUCCCUCAUCAUCGUUCAGUACAUUGACGAGGUCUGGAACGACAAAUCUCCGUUGCUGCCCUCUGAUCCUUACCAAAGAGCUCAUGCCAGGUUCUGGGCUGAUUUUGUUGACCAGAAGGUAGAAAAGCCUCUGCAAUUUCUUUUUUUAACUUUUUUUUCCUUCUAAUUUUAUUUUAUUUCUUUUAUACCAAAAUAAACUA